AAAGAAAUGCGUUGAGGGGUUACAAUUUCGUGUCAGAGAAAAAAGGAAGUUGUGCUGAAAAACUUUGAAAAUUAUGUCGCAGAUCCUUUCUCACUGCUUCCGCCGAGCAUUUUCGGCAUCUGCCGCUCGUCAGGCUGUCCAGGGACCAUCUGCUGUUGCUGGAGAGCACUCUGGUGGUUGGAAGCUCUGGAAGCGACUGAGCUUCUUCGUGGCUAUACCUGCCGUUGGUCUUUGCAUGUUGAACGCUUACCUGGGACAUCAGAAGGAUCAUGGUAAACCACGUCCGGAAUUCGUCAAGUAUGAACAUCUGAGGAUGCGCUCCAAGAGAUUCCCAUGGGGUGAUGGCAACCAUAGCCUUUUCCACAAUCCCCACACCAAUGCCCUGCCUGAUGGCUAUGAGACCGAAGAUCCCCAUCACCAUUAGAUGAAGCUCCUCCAAAUGGACCUUCCUUGGAGCUGGGAGCUCUAUGGGGGGCAGGAUAGUAGGAAUGUGUGAGAGGUAAAUGUAAGAAAUAAUAAAAAGAAAAAUCAUAAGAAA